CAGCCCCGGUGCGUCCGCAGAUGCCCGGCCGUGUUUGGCUCCCUUGUUCUAAUUGAUCGGACUGCUGUGAAUGGCCGCUCUCGAGCAGCCAAUGGCUGAACACCGGAUGCGAGAUAUCCGCUGCAACAACAAGCGCUCUGUUCCCCCUUCAGCUUGACGCCAUUUACAGCCCAGACCCCGACCUCCCCUCCGGAAAGAGCGAGAAAGCCCUCCAUAGAGCAGAGGAGCUGGAUAAACAGCGCGAGGAGGAAGGACGGAGGGAGCAGACUUCAGAAGGAGACAGGAGGCAGGAGCAGACUCUACCGACCUGCUCACCACACUUUUCGCCUCGUGCUCUUGCGCAAAACAUGGGAUUUACGUCUUAAUGGGAAUGUGCUCGCGCUGGAAACUUUCUCAAUGGAAUUUAUCGACGACUUGGCAGACUGAGCCUCUGAACCAGAGACUCCUCUCUCUCUCCAGCUGGAUUAUUUUCACCUAAGUGGGGGCUAAAGCAUCGAGAGUAAGGUACGGAGCUUCACUUCUUCAAGAGCGUGCGUAAGGAAACUUUGGUGCAGACUGUGCACGUUCCUAGCUCUCUGUUUUCACCCUAACUCUAACUUCAGUCCCAGCUCGUGUGUGUUCUGCGGGAGGAGGGUGCUGUGUGCCAUUUGCAUCCUCAUCCUUGGUGUUUCCCUCCGUGUAAAGCCCUGUUUUACUGAGGAGGACAUUCUUACACAUGCUGAGGUCCUGUCUGGUUAAACCGAGCCCACAGCUGGAGUCAGAUCUGCUCUAAAACCUGCUCCACCAUGAACCAGUCUGCAGUCACUGGUUUAAUUCUGACUCUUCAGGCUCAGGUCCACUCUGAUGAUUGAUGGGUUCGCUCCACUCUACCUCUCUCACCCCCACUGAGGCAAACAUGGCCAGCUAGAAGGCCCUGACUUCAGAUGUGUCCCAUGCCAGCCCGAGCAGCCCUUCAGUCCCGAGAUGGAUUCCAGAAGUUUGAACGACAGCGAUGGGGGAGGAGGACACCGCGGUGGGUCUCCUUCGCCAACCAGGUCACCGAACAGGCAGCUUGGAGAAGAGAGACCGCAACCCCAGCCUCCACCAACCCAAGAUAGCCCAUCAGGUUCUGGACUGACCAAUGGACAACCCCCCCAUACUCCAGCAGUGCUAUCCCUGGAUCAGAUCAGGAUCACGGGGAGUAGUAAUGACUAUACAGACGGGCCCACCAUUACUCAAAGGUCCCCAGCCCCUCUGCAGAGGCGGCAGAAGAACGACCUGGUUACUUCAAGGACCAGCGGGCAGCCAGAGACUCAGGAAGAAAGGCAUAAUAAUCUCCUCAAUCUGCAUUCUCUGACUCAUGGGAAUGCUUCCAUCUCUUCUAUGGAAGGUGUGUUACAGUCAUCCGGCGUCGAUGACUCGCAGAGUAACAUCAGGACCAGCGAAGGGGGCGUUUCUUCAGGCCAGAGGCUCGCCAUCAGCCCGGCAGGCAGCAGCCAGAUAAUCAGAACCCAGCCGACACGUACAGAGACGAGUUCAGAGGAGCUGAAACCUUUGAACAGCGAGUCCAGAGCGGUGGUUGCCAUACCAGGCAGCCGAAGCUCCAAAAACCAAGCUGUCCACUCCAACAAGUGCCGAGACUGCAGCAGGUGCUGCUGUAGCGAGUGCAGGCGCCCACGGGUGCUCCCCUACUGCUGGAUGUGCACCCGCCGGUGCAUGUGCUCGGCGCAGAACGUGGUGGAAUACGGAACGUGCGUUUGCUGCAUCAGGGGGCUCUUCUACCACUGCUCCAGCGAUGACGAGGACACGUGCUCAGACAAGCCCUUCUCGUGCUCGCAGCAGCACUGCUGCGUACGCUGGACUACCGUGUCAGUCCUCUCCCUGUGCUUCCCUUGUCUCCUGUGCUACCUCCCAGCUAGAGGAUGCUUAGCUGUGUGCCAGAGCUGCUACGACGGAGUGUCGAGACCAGGCUGUCGCUGCAAGAACCCAAACCCUGUCCACUGUGAGGAUUCUGGCAAGCCAAUAUAAACGAUGAGGAUGCAGAAGGAUGGAGAGACUCUGUGCUGACUAAACUCAUCUAGUCCUGAAGUUUUGUUUUAGGGAGCAGAGGAUGCUGGUUAAGUUUCUGGUUUUAUGAUGAGAUCUUUUUGCCUGUCAGAUCUGGUCACAUGUCCUUCAGACUCACUUGAAAGGUAAACCAAAAUAAGUCAAAGGUAUGAAGAAUUAUUCAGACAUCAUGUUGUUGCUCUGGCCGGCUUUUUUAACCUUUAAUCCAUGGUCUAUGCUAAGAACAGAGUCCUGUUACUAACUGUGAGGUAGUAAAAACCAAGGGUAUGUACAACAGGCUUACAGAGAUGUUUUAUUUUUGUACAUACGAUAAUAUUUCAACUGUGAAAAGUUUCUGCCACACAGUGAGAACCUCCACGACUCCACCUUUCUAUGAAUCAGUCUGUGUACAUUCACUCAAAUGUAUAUCAAUCAUUUCAUGUCAUAAGGAAAAGUCUUAUCCUACCUGUAAAUUGUACAGUGACCCUAUAUGAAAAUUUAUUUUCUAAUUCUGACAUUAGUGUAAAGUUUUAAAAAGUCUAUAUUUAUUUGAAGGUUUAUUAUUUUAUAAUGAAAAUAUUUAUUUUGAGCAAGCAUCACCUUGUAUGGGGCUUUUCUGAUCCCGAGGUGGCCUGUCUGAGCUGAUGAAUACUUUACUAUGAAUUAGAAGACAAAUAUAUUAACGUUUGGAAUUAAACAACCUGGAAGAUUCACA